GGUAAAUUUCGGUUGCAUGCAGAAAAAUUCUUUCAGAUUUAUACGUUUUUGUUUGUCUUGGAUUCCAUUUCAUUUUAGCAAUUUUGCAACAUUAUAAUUGUUGACAGCUUUGCAUCAAGUAGUUGUUUUUUUUCUCGUUAUUUCUCUCCUUCUCGUUGGUGUUUAAUUCGUUUGUGUGGCGGAUCAAAUUUUGCGGUUAUUUGGAAAUGAAAUCGAAUCGUAGAACCUCUCGACGAUGGAAACUCAACUGGUCAACACAUUAUCCACUAUCUUGAUGUUUCCAAUAUUGAAAGGUCCAUUUGUAUGAUACUUUGAAGAUGAAUUAGAAAUAAAGGAAAUUCCAAUAGAAGGAGGAGAUUCCGGUGAAUAAAGGUUCCACUGUUAAGUGGUGUUACUGUAUUUCAUUUAUUUGAACUUAACUGAUUUUUUUUUUCGUUCACAUAGAUGGUUGUAAUUUGUACGGUGGCUGAAACAAAACUGUUUAAAUUUAUUGCCUUAUCCAUUUUUAUUGAUAUCAAAUUGCUUCGAUUCGAUCAUACUACAUCAACGUCGACAUUUUGGUGGAUCAAUCUCGAUCGAAGGGAAAUGCGAUGAAAAGACAGAGACAACUCACUUUUCGAUCGAUUGAAGAGAAAGAUAUAUCAACGCAAACGAGAAGACACGUAGCAAAUAGACGACGACAACAGCAAAAAGACGAAACUAAAAAUGAAAGACGGUUCAUGUAUCGUUAUCGGUGGAGCAGGCGGAAUGGGUGUGCAGAUUUGUCGUAAAUUAUUGGAAAACGACAUCGCUAAUUUGGCCAUUGUCGACAUACAAACGAAGCCAGUCGAUUUGCUUGACAAGCUGAAAACACAAAAUCCAACUACCCGCAUCGUUUACUUUGAAUGCGAUAUUUCGGUCAAAGAUGAACUUGAAUCCACAUUUCAAUCGAUUGCAGACAUGUUUAAACAAGUAGGCAUUCUGAUCAACGCAGCCGGUACCUUCAAUGACAAAGACGUUCAGCUAACAUUCAAAGUGAACGUGUUUGGAAUGAUUUACUCGACAAUGCUCGGAAUGGAAAUAAUGAGCAAGGAGAAACGAAACGGUUCAACUGAUGCAGUCAUCGUUAACAUCGCAUCGUUGGUUGGUUUGGACCCAUUUCACCUAUUGCCCAUUUACACAGCUUCGAAACAUGCCAUUGUGGGGUUCUCAAGAGCGUACAGUCACGAAUGCUACUCUGGUCGAAGUGGAGUAAAAAUCGUCGUUCUCUGUCCUGGCGCCACGACAACCAGUUUUGUCCGUCAAUUCUCUGGCAACAUGAUUGUUCCCGAUGAAAUUGAUGCACUUAAUUUCUUUCGCUCUGUUCCAAUGCAAAGCUCUGAACGGGUGGCCGAACACACAAUCGAGCUAAUAAAAACAGCAGAAAAUGGGACAGUUUGGUUGAGCGACAAUGGGAGUUUAACAAAGAUUACAAUGACGACUUAUGGCAAAUACAAUUGAUUGGAU